CUCGACACGGAUCUCCUCCCGUCCACCAGACCGGCUACUCCAUUGAGACGGCACAGCCAAAAGAUUCUCGUGGACGUCUCCGGUGGCCAGUUAUAUCCGGCACGCUCGCAAGAACCGUGAACACACCGCUGCCGCAUCGCGUCCAUGGAAAUGGUGGAGUGCUCCCUACCGGCCGCUGCCGCGCGCGCCCCGCGCCCGCUCCCUCGCCGGGUCCGCAGGCCCACGACGGCGGCGGUUCUUGCGGGGAGAGCGAGGCUCCGGGUGCGGUCGGAGAGGCGAGAACAGCCGCCGCCGCCGCCGACAGUCCGGGCUUCCGGGCUGGAGCACGGCGGCCGGGCACUGGGGCAGGCGGCAGCGGGGCUCGCCGCCGCUGCCGUGGUGUCGUUGACCGGGUUCAUCGGGGACGUGUCUCCGCUAUCGCCGGCGGUGGCCCAGGCCGAGUCGCUCACCGUUGCCUUCCCCGUCUCCAAGGCGCGCGAGGUGAACCGGGUGCAGAGGACGCUGGUGGAGGCGUGGGGCCUCAUCCGCGAGACGUUCGUCGAUCCCACAUUCAACCACCAAGAUUGGGACCAGAAACUGCAGCAAACCAUGGUGGAGAUGUUUCCACUGAAAUCGGCGGAUGCCGCUUACAGUAAGAUCAGUGGGAUGCUGUCCACGCUUGGCGACCCAUUUACAAAGAUCAUCAGCCCAAAGGUAUGCAUGUAUUGGAAUGGUCGACGGCAUUUACUAUGUGACCUGACUUAUGACAAGUCUAUGAUUGUUCGCAUGCAGGAGUAUCAGAGUUUCAGGAUAGGAAGCGAUGGGAAUGUGCAAGGUGUUGGAGUGUUUAUAAACAGGGAGCCAAGCUCUGGACGCUUGCUUGUUAUGGACUGCAUUCAGGGAGGCCCAGCAGAUCGAGCUGGCAUACACGAAGGCGAUGAGCUAGUUGAGAUAGAUGGGAAGAGUGUUCUUGGGUUGGAUGGAGAGGCUGCGGCUCAGAGGCUGAGAGGCCGUGUAGGAACAACUGUGAAAGUGAAACUGUUGGAUGGCACUGAAAAUAGAAGGAGUGGCAGGAUAAGACAAAAAGAGGUUCAGAUAUCUCGUGAGGUUAUCAACCUUUCACCUCUAUCAACUUCAAUUAUCUCUCAUAGGUCGGACGAUGGCCAUGAGUGCAAGACAGGGUAUGUCAGACUAGCUGCCUUUUCUCAGACUGCUGCAGCUGAAAUGGAAAAUGCCAUAAAAAGGAUGGAGGAUGAGGGUGUUCAGUCGUAUAUCCUAGAUCUGCGGAACAAUCCAGGCGGUUUAGUAAAAGCUGGUCUUGAUGUGGCUCAAAUUUGGUUAGAUGGAGAUGAAACUCUUGUCAACACUGUUGACCGCGACGGGAACGUGCUACCAAUAAAUCUGAUCCAAGGGCAUUCUUUAACACGUGAUCCUCUUGUAGUGCUUGUCAAUGAAGGAAGCGCCAGUGCAAGUGAAAUCUUGGCAGGGGCAUUACAUGACAAUGGACGUGCUAUUCUGGUCGGCCACAAAACCUUUGGUAAAGGAAGAAUUCAGAGUGUGACUGAGUUGGACGAUGGCUCUGCUCUGUUUAUCACGGUCGCAAAGUAUCUUUCUCCAGCACUGCAUGAAAUCGACCAAGUGGGAAUCCAGCCUGACAUACAAUGCAGCCCUGAUAUUCUGUCUUUGCCGAGAGCGCCUUCGCUAAGAGAAAACAGCGAGGCCACAAGUUUGGAGAUGGAUUCAUGUAUCAUGAUUGCGGAGCAAGCAUUGGAAAUUGAGCAAACGAAGGGGUCCGCUUCAUAGAUGGACUUCUUCUGGAAGACAGGAACUAAAACCUUCUCGUCUUCGUGGGUUGCUCGGAUUGAUGACCCAUGAGAUUCAAUUCAGCUUGUUGGCUCUCUGUAUAUUGUUGUAUUUUACAUUAGAUAGUAUAGCUGAUAGUAUAGACUUAAAUAGUGCUUUAGGGUAUAUAUAUAGGCUGAUCCUGACAUGUUCGAGUUUGGGUAAAAAGGCACCGGAGAUUAGCUCAGUGGUUCAUGGAAAUAUGGCAUAUGCCAGUGUCAUUGAUUCUCGGCAUUUACGAUUAGAAAUUCAGAAUUGUAACAUGUAAGGCGUAUAAUUGGGAUUGUUGACUAUUCUGUAAUCUGGCAUCGAAGGAUUGCGGGAUUAAAUAUUAGAAAAUCGAGACUUGAAUAA